AUGCGCGUCUCCACUACGAUAGGAACCAAGACGGUCUCUGAUAUUAGUCAGUUACAGCUACCCGUCAAAGCAACUUCCCCUUCAGGAGCACCUACAAAUCCAAAAUACUUUAUGUAUUUUACAUUUUCGGGUACCAAUCAAGCAUUCCAAUCAGGCUACCUUGGAAUAACCAAUUCGUGUAUCCAAGGCACACUACAUAUAAAAUCCUCAAUGUUAAAACAACCUUUGCUGGCAAAACAAAUAGUUCUUACAUUAAAAUGUGUUCAAUUUGCACAUUGGUCAGCUGGAAGAACUCGUGUUAGCGCUAGUUUAAAGACUCUUGAUUUGUCACAGACACUGUUUACUAGUAAUGAUCCUAAAGGAUAUCAAUUAUUAAAUGAUUGUGAAUUUCCUUUUGUAUUUCCGUUACCUGCCACAGCGGUUGGUUCUUUACAUACUGAUGCAUGUAGAAUUGAGUAUCAACUUGACGCUAAACUCAAACGUAAAAAGGUUAAAUGGUAUCAACUUUCGUCACGUGCAGAAUGGACUUUACUGCCUGUACUAUGGUAUGCUUUUCCAACUAUGGAGAUGUAUCAACCGGCGAUUCUAUCAAAUACAGACUCAAAAAUUCAAUGGUCUUUCAGUAUACCCAAAAAGCACGUAGCACCAAACGAAGUGAUAAAUGCACGAUUAAAUAUCACUUUUUUGAAUCCUUCCAUAUCAAUCAAAUCAAUCGAAUAUGGUCUAAAAACUUAUAUGUAUGUUCGAGCUGGCAAAUGGUCAUUCACAGGCAAAUUACGUAUGACAAAAGCAAAAGGUAUGGGUAAUGAAUUUACAGGUGAUCUUUUGAUAAAAGUACCAGGGGACGUUAUUUCAACGACAAAUGGGCCAUUGAUUAAGGUGGAACAUAAAAUCAAAGUUAAAGUUUCGUUAAGUGGCGCUAAAGAUAUCGAAAUAGAGCAACCUGUAAUUGCGAGUAAUGUAAUGCCAACAGAAUUGCAUCAACAGCUGUUACGUGCACAAAAUUUGAUUUCUUAUAAUAUGCAAAGAUUAAAUUGA